AUGGCUCUGCAUGGAUUGCCAACUCGUGAAUUUUUUGCUGAGGGUGAAAAUGGUUGCAAAGUAAAAGAUGGUGGAAUACUGUUUGUGAACAAAAGUGAUGGUCGAGCAACAGGUGAUGCUUUUGUAAUGUUUGAUAAUGAAGAAGCUGGUCAGAAGGCUCUAAGCAAACACAAACAUACGAUUGGUACUCGAUAUAUUGAACUUUUCAGAUCAACUCAAGCUGAAGUCCAACAAGUUGUAAAUCGAAAUUUGGAAAAUCAUCAACGUGUAAUGGUUCACGGAAGUCGGAAAGAUUGUAUUAGGUUACGUGGUCUUCCAUAUGAAGCUCACGUUGAAAAUAUUGUGGAAUUUCUUGGUGAAACAGCUCGACAUAUUAUGUUUCAGGGUGUUCAUAUGGUAUACAAUGCACAAGGGCAUCCUAGUGGCGAAGCUUUCAUUCAAAUGGAUUCUGAGAUUAGUGCAGCAACUGCAGCUGCAUUAGCACAUAAUAAAUAUAUGCAAAUUGGAAAGAAGCAACGAUAUAUUGAAGUAUUUCAAUGCAGUCCAGAAGAUAUGAAUUUAGUUAUUACUAAUCCGCCGCUUCCACCACAAAUUAUUUUACAGCCAAGACCAAUUUUUCCACAGCCGGUACAAGGUUUGGUACCAGCAAUAAUACCGCCAUUUACUCCGGUGUAUUGGCCAUGUGCUAGUCCUCCAGCAUCACCAUGUAUUUACCCACAACCUGGUCUUGUGCUAGUAACCGGUUUAUGUCCAAAUGUUACACCACAUGAUAUUUUGGCAUACUUUCAAAGCAAUCCUGAGGUAGCAGUAGAAAGUGUUCAAAUAUUGCGAUGGGGUACAGCUCAAUGCACUGGUGAAGCAUUAGUACGUUUUCGUUCUCAGAUGGACGCGGAACGAGCUUUGACAGAACACGUGGGAGCACCACUUGGUGCUAUACCAUUGAAUCUUUCACUUAUUCAUUCCUAA